CUGUUCCGUUGAACGAUAAUUAGGGCUGUUUAUAUUUUGCAAAGUAGUACACAAGUUCAACUUGCUGAGAAAGACCAAGCUAUCUUCAAUUCUCGGCUACUUUUCCGUUGGAGGUACAGUCCUCAACAGGUUCGUCUGCAGGGAAUUGAUUGAGUGUGAUCGUACUUUUCUCAAUUAUAACAUCAUUAAACUCAGUUCCUCUAUCUUUAACAAUCAUGUACAACGUAACAGACGACAUUCAAUAUCAUCAUCAUGAUAUCUUCAAUGAUACCGAUAUAGUCGUGAAUGAUACACCAAAAGAGGCAGUUGGAGAGGCCACAAACUUCAGCUCAAUUUCAAAUGCUGACACGCCUAUGACAAUCUUUGAAGCAUUUACAACAACCAAAGCACCCAUUAAAACUUGGAAAGAUGAGCUGUAUCAAGAUGGAUAUGUUUUCACUGUCGCCGUUUUGGUCUUCUUAUUGAUUGGCCUCAUGAUGUGCUACAUUGUUUCUAUCACACGGAUGAGUAGACGAAGGUUUAGGGUUACUCGCGCCCAAACUCGUGUUGUGGCAACAGGGAGGGAGAUACUAUUAUGAAGAAGCCUGUAAACACACUGGAUAUGGUCUUGAUAGACUGACAUACACGAUACAUCACUGCAGUUUUCAAAUACAGGUCGUCAAUGCCGUACGUUUGAAACCAAUCAAUUACGCAUGUUUCUAUAUAAUAAAUAGCGAUAAAAAGUUUUUUAUAAUUGAAGAUCAUCUUCAGCUCCAGUUCUUGUGAAAAUAUUACAAUACUGUUAGAAUUAUGGUAUAAUUAAUACACGUGUAAUUAACAAUUGAUAUGUCACCUAAUUUUAGAAAUGUUGGAUCUACAGUAUUAAUGGAAUAACAUCAUUGAUUUAAUAAAUCAUUCGUUUUCAAAGUAGUGUUUUCUUUUAGUGGUAUUCUGGUAUUUUACUUUAGUGUGUAAAACCAUUUGCUUUAACAGUGAUACGACACAAUACAGGUAUCGAGAAAAAAAUCGACAUAUUUUCAUAUUAUAAUUUCAACUCAAUAGACCAUUUGGAGUCUCUUUUUGCUGAAGCGUUAAAAUAAGACCUCCCUGCAAUAUACUAGCAUUGUUGUAUACAUGGUAUAUGUCCAAGAUGAAAAACAUAUUAAAAUAACAGUUUCAAUAUCGUGCUUUUAAAUAACAAACACAAAAUACCUGUCACA